AUGAGUGACUUUUAUUUUCAAGCCCUACACUGUGGUUCCUGCCAAGAAAAAUGGUUUUGCUGUGGGAGAAACUGCUACUAUUUUUCUGAAGAAAAGCUAACCUGGGAUGAGAGUGUGAAGAUAUGCCACAACAAGGGUUCUUCACUUGUAAAGAUUGAUGACAACAAGGAACUGAAUUUCAUUCAAUCACAAAUGAAAUAUGCUUACUGGGUUGGAUUAAGUAGAAAAGGAACCAUGCAUGAGUGGACGUGGCAGGAUGGCACAGCACUUGCUAAGAACCUGUAA